CCACUUUCUCACGCAGCUGCAGCAGACCCAGCCUUCACUGGCUCAUCACCUCUCUCCACAAACACACAUCAUCCCCAAUCCCGCCGUUGAUCCCUCCCUCCGUCUCUCAUCACUCCAUCACACAUAUACAACAUAUAUACACACACACUCUCUCUCUUUCUCUCUGCAACCAGAAUCACACCACCACCACCGACAACAACACUCACCAUGAAGACCGACACUCCUGCUGGCCCUGCCCCUGGCAUGAACCAUGCCGAUGUCGCCCUCGCUACCCAGGCUGAGAAGGAUAAGAAGGGCGUCCAGCGCAACACAAAGUUCCUCAAGAUCGACAUGCACACCCACAUCCUGCCCAAGCACUGGCCGGACCUGAAGAGGAAGUACGGAUAUGGUUCCUGGAUCCAGCUGGACCACAUUUCUCCAGAUAAAGCCAACAUGAUGAUGGACGGCAAGAACUUCAGGACCAUCGAGUGCAACUGCUGGUCCUCGGAGCAGCGUAUCAAGGAGUGUAACGCAACCGAUGUUGAUGUUCAGGUGCUGUCCACAGUCCCAGUCAUGUUCAGCUACAAUGCUCGCCCUGAACACACGCUGGAUCUGGCUAGGUAUUUGAACGAUCAUAUAGCUCAAGUGGUCGCCGAGGACCCCAAGCGCUUUGUUGGCUUGGGAACAUUGCCUAUGCAGGCACCCGAGCUCGCUGUCCAGGAACUAAAGCGUUGUCGUGAAGAGCUUGGUCUGGCGGGAAUUCAGAUCGGAAGCCACAUCAAUGACUGGAACUUGGAUGCACCGGAGCUGGACCCCAUCUGGGCAGCCUGCGAGGAGACAAACGCUGUGGUGUUUGUCCAUCCUUGGGACAUGGACAACAAGGGAAGGAUGGAGAAGUACUGGUUUCCUUGGUUGGUCGGCAUGCCCUGCGAGACCACAAUCUCGAUUUGCGCCAUGGUGAUGGGAGGUGUGUUGGAACGCUUCCCGAAGCUGAAAGUGUCGUUUGCUCAUGGUGGCGGAUCUUUUCCUGCGACAGUCGGUCGUAUUCAGCAUGGAUUCGAUGUUCGUCCCGAUCUGUGUGCUACAAGGACAAAGCAUGGACCUAUGACCUAUUUAAACCGUAUUUUCGUAGAUUCGCUUGUCCAUGACGAGGAGACACUCGAGUUCCUUAUCAAAAAGAUGGGUAUCGACAACAUCAUGCUGGGAUCGGACUACCCUUUUCCUCUGGGUGAGCUCCACCCGGGAAAGAUGAUUGAGGAGGCCCGUUGGUUGACAGACGAGGAAAAGAUGAAGCUGCUUAGCGGAAACGCCAUCAAGUUCCUGGGACUCGAGCACUUGGAGGACCAGAUGAUGGAAUAAGUUAUCGGGUUAUAUCUACAUCAGGGAACAGACUGAAUAAAAUGUACCCUUCGUGCCCUCCGUAUUCUUCGUGUAACUCGC